AUCCAAGUUGUAGAAAAGUAUGAUGAUUUUGUCCCACCUUUGGCUAUGUAUUUUUGCUACCCUUUGACAAGAUCCUAAUGGCCAUGCAGAGGCUGCAGUGAGGGAUCUAAUGCUUCCCAAAAAGAACAGUAUUUUAAGUUUCAGCUGAGUCCCUGUCCUGAACUGGUUGACCCUACUGCCCACAUAACUAAAUACAAUUUCUGGUUUGUGGGAGAUACUGGGAAAAUUGGAGAGGUGAGAGGGAGAAAGAAGACUGCUACUCAGAUUGAUGGCAACAGCAGGUUUCUUGUUAACAGGUAGUUACCAUGCCUGACAUAACACUGCAGCACAAACCUUGGCAUUGGGGUCUUCAGGAGCCAUUGUGUAGGCUUGUGUUGGUCUAUUGUUGAUUCACAUCUUGAGUGUUAGGUGUUGCAGGACAUGAGGUGACAUCAGGCUGGCCACCAGUCACCAGCUGGGUCCCACAGGGCUCCAUCUCAGGCCCAGUGCUCUCAGUGUGUUUAUUAACAACUUAGAUGUGGGACAGGAAGGGAUUCACAGUAAAUCUGCUGAUGACACUACUUUGGGAGGAGCUGUUGGCUCCCUCAAAGGCAGAGAGGCCUUGUGGAGAGACCUCAACAGAUUACAGAGAUGGGCCAUCACCAUGGGAAGUUAAAGAGACAAGUGCUGGAUUCUCCACUGGGAUGGGGCAACCCUGGAGGUAGCAACAGACUGAGGUACUGGAAAGCAACAUUCCUGAGAUACUGGAAAGAAGUGCUGCAGAAAGAGACUUGGAGUCCUGGUCAAUGGGAAGUUGAAUGUGAGUCAGCAGUGCCCUGGCAGCCAGGAGGGCCAGUCCUGUCCUGGGAUGCAUCAGGUACAAGCUGGGCAAGGGAGGGGAUUGUCCUGCUCUGCUCUGCUCUGCUCUGCUCUGCUCUGCUCUGGGGCAGCCUCACCUUGAGUGCUGGGGCAGUUUUGGGCACCACAAGAAAGAUGAAGAGCUUUUAGAGAGUGUCCAAAGGAGGGCAGGGAAGCUGGUGAAGGGCCCUGAGGGGCAGCCAUAUGAGGAGUGGCUGAGGUCAGCGGACAGGCUGUCACCUCUUUAGUCUGGAGCAGAGGAGACCGAGGAGAGACCUCAUUGUGUCUUCAACAUUCUCACAAGGGGCAGUGGAAGAGCAGGGACUCAUCUCUGGUGAGCAGUGACAGGACCCAAGGGAACAGCAUGAAGCUGCAUCACGAGGAGUCUGGCUUUGCUAUUAGGAAAUGUUUUUCAGCCACGGGGUGGUUGAGCACUGAGAUUAGCUCAGUUAAAGCUUGGGGCUAAUCACACCAGGGUGGAUUCAGUCCCUGGAUGGGCCUUUCAUUUAAGAGCUGGAUUUGAUGGUCCCUUGCAGGCCCCAUCCAACUCACAAUAUUCUGUGAUCUGGGAACUCAGGAUAUUCUGUGAUUCUUUUGAAAGCUUGUGUUUAGAGAGUUAAUCUUUAAAAUCCUGAAUAAAAUAUCCAAACUAGAUCUAAGGCUCCUGUGCAAGUUUGCCUUUACUGAUGUUUUUUUCAAGACCACUAGCAACAUUCCUGCAAGUUUAAAGACAGGAAUAUAGCUAUAUCACAAAAAUCUGCAGUUUAAUAAGCUUUUGUUUAUGCACUAGUUACAUUACACAUCAUACUUGGCCAUAGCUGGUUUUUCAUAGUCUUUAGGUUAUAAAUUUACUUGUGACAUGAUUAUUAUAAAUGGAUUAAUUACAAAUUUAUAUUCUAUGCAAUGGUAUUUGGGGGUAGGUCAAUAGAAGAGAAAACCAGUAUUCCCAAGGUAUUCCCUCCAGAAACUAUUUUCACUGCAUUCUUUAGCAUUGAGUUUUCCCCCCUCAACUAUCAUUACUAUAAUUACAUAAAUAUUUUAAAUUUUGAAAAAUUAAGAAGUGAAAAAUACUUAGUUUUAUUGUUUGGUUUUGAAGGAUUUUUCAGUCUUGACCAAGAUAUAAGCUGGUCUUUUCCUAUGUAAAACCACUAGAUGGCAUUCCAGAAGAGGACUUUGCUAAAGUCAACAAACACAAUUUUCUCAUGAGAAAUAGUAAGGGAUUACAGACUUGAAUGAGGGCCAAUGCUGUCACAUGUGUAAUGAAAAUUAAUGGAUUUUGGUAAUAAGUAUUGAGCUGACCUGAGAGAAACCAAAAUAAAUUUUAAAAAAACCGCAAUAAACAAAGUCUAGUAUAAAUGAUAGACACAUGAAAUACUGGAGGUGUGUGGGGGAAGGAAAGUUUGCAGAAUUCUUUCUACUAUUCUGGAAUUCUUUCUACUAUUCUGUACCUGAGACAUUUGCUGUACUCUCUCCUUGUUCAGUUAUUUCCUCUACUUCUAAAGAUGUAUUUGUCAGGUGAUUUAAAAGAGCUCUCCUAUAAGCUCAUUAAUUGUCCUCCAGGGGAGAGGAAGUUUUUUUUCAUGGCCCACUGCUGCUGAAAUUUGAUAUAUAGCCUUUUAAAACUGACUUUCACAAAUAAAAACAUACUCUCAUCUUCCUUUCACAAAUGCACAUCUGUUUCCUCCAUACAGGUCCUAAUUUAUUCCAAGAGGAAUAUGCUAGCAAGGAAGGUUAAAAGCAUGCAACUGAUGCUUUAGAAAUGGAAGGUGCAUCAGAUGGCUUUGAAGCUGUUACAUCAGAAGGAUCAAGUGCAGAGCAAUCACCUGCACCCUCACAAGGAAAAGCAGUCGGAGAGGAUGGGGACCCAGCAGAGAAGCCUCCGCUCCCUGAACCUGCAGGCACUGCACAAUCAGAGAGGGGCUGGAACCAGCCGUCUCCUUCUCAAAAUUCAGUACUGCCAGAGAGUACAGAAAAGGGGACAAUGACAGUAAGCAUGAUUAAGGAUAAUGGAACAUCUUGGAAGACUUGGCCUAAUUUUGAGAAUCAGGAAUGUUUCCCUGGAGAAGUCAUUCAACAGGAUUACCACAUGCCUGAUGUCUUAACUGUCAGAGUAGAAACAGGUUCAGAUUCAUUUCAAGAAAUAGUUGUAAAAGUUGAAAGACCUACCUAUAAGAAACCUUUUCUGGGUGGAUUUAGGAACGUGUCAACAGGAGUGGAAUUUCAUAAUGCAGGAUCACAAACAAAACCCAAAAAACGACCUGACAAAGGAAUUCAGUUAUUUUGUAGGGGAACACAGACGGCCGUGGAAAAAAAUGCCCAACAACAAACGAGAAAUACAACAUCAACACAGAUGACUAAAACUGGCCUUUAUGUAUCAAACAUGACUGACAAACUAAUAACUCCUGGAAAGUAUUUUACAGCAGAGGAAUACCAUAAACGUAGACUUGAAGCAGUAAUAGUAAUACAGAAGUAUUUCCGUCGUUGGCAUGCUGCAUAUUUAGUACAAAAUCUGAAGGAGCAAAGGAGGUUAAGGCUGGCACAGGAGGCACAAGAAGAAUUACAGAAAAAAUUGGAGAAAGAAGAAAAAUUGAUUAGAGAGUAUGAGAAAAAACUGAACCCUAAAACAAGAGAAGACUUUGAGCUACUCUACCAUGACUUGGAAUUAUGGAUGCAGGAGGAGACUGAGCGAAUUAACAGAACUCUUACUGGAGGUAAAAGAAAGGCAGCACUUUUUGCACUUCUGGAAGAAGAGACAGAGCUCAUUGCUUGCAUUGGGAUGCACAAAUUAAAUGCCAAUCUGGAGAAUCAACAAAAAGCAAUACUGCACUUUCUGGGUAAGUGUGCACAACCUAGGAGGUGGAAAGCAUUUGAUGGAAAAAUCACUGAAAUGGAUACACCGAACUCACUGCGUGGCAAAGAACUACUUGAAAUCUACCGCAGCAUUAACACAAAGGACAUCCCAAAAGAUGAGAGGAUAUCUGUGCUGUUAACACUCAAGUGGACAGUGAAGGAACAUGAAUGUAAAUUAACCGAGGAAUUAGUGGCAUUAAUUGACAGGGAAAUUGAUCUUUUGUCAAGAGAGGUGAAAGAAUGCAACUUGGAAGGACUGAGGAAAAGAAUUUGUACAUUAUUUCUCCAGUAUAUCAAAACUCCAGAGUUUAACCCUCAAGUUGCUGGGUUAAUUAAGGUUCCACAAGAUCCCUUAACGCUUUAUAAAAACGUUUACUUCUGUCAUAGCUGUGAAAAGUACUUACCACCUUCUGAGUUUCCCAUUCCUGCAAGUUCCUACACCAUUGGCAGAUGUCGCUCCUGUUACCAGCUCGAUAAUGAGGCUCGGAAACGAGAAUCUUAUUUCAAGUACAGACUUAUACUGGAAGAUCUCAGGAAGUCUGAAGUUGAUUAUCAGGAUGAUAGUAAAAUUGUUUUCCUAGUUCAGCUUCCAGAUAUGCAGUACCUGAUGGAGAAGAUAUGGAACUGCCAGUCAGCUCUCAGUGCCUGCAGUGACCUGUAUGAGCUGGUUAUGGUCAGGUGGGAUAAGCAACGUGAGUGGUCUCCAUGGAACACUAUUCUCCUCACUAAAGAAGAGGCAGAUGCACAUCUUAAACUGUGUAACCUUCAGAAGACUUAUGAAGCUCCGUUUAUUUACAGAAUAGAACAAAAGCAUAUCCGGGCAAAAAGCUACUUUGCUCGGAUUCCUGCGAUGGCAUCAUUUUUGCAUAGAAGUAACAAUCAGUCUAAUGCGAAUUCCUCCAAAGAAAAUAGUUCCUUGAAUUUAAAGAAGUGAACUAAAUUCCUAGAUUUUUAAAAAAUAUACUUUUUCAUCAAUACCCUAACUGUAUUAAACAGAUCAAAAUAAACUUCUAAGGACAAAAUAAUUUGAUCUCAAUCAGUUAAUUUAACUGCAUUUUAAGUUUUGUAACCUCAUUUAAAAAAAAUAAAAUGUUGUUAAACA